AUGACCUUCGAGCUGGACGAAGUGACCGCGCUGUCGCUGCUGGAGGGCUGCGACCUGGCCGAGGACGUGGAGGCCAUCCCCUCCCCCUCCGCCACCGUCGACUCGCCGCUGAAAGCUCGCCCAGUGCGCCAGUGCGGGCGCCUUGCGCGGUGGGACGAAGUGAUAACUCUGCGGAAGGCAGAAAAGCAAUUAUGCGUCCAGCUGCGGCAGCUGCAGCAGAGUUUGCGGCUGAAGAAUAAGAAGCAGCUGCUC